AUGCGACACCCGAUCUUCAGCCUCUUGGCUCUCUCUAGCGUAGGACUCGCCGGGAGCCCCAGGCUUGCAUCCGAAGAGCUGAGCGACGUCAAGUCCGCACUUCAAGCCAAAGGCGAGUUCGGAGCAGGGCGCCUCGUAAACGCCAGCUUCACCGGUUUCGAGUCACUCUCUGGCCUAGAUCUUUUCCCGCGACAGUCCACCUGCGGGACAGGACGUAAGAGGCCCUACAACCGAACACGACCCCAACUUACAGAAAAUGCAGAUGAAUGCUCGGACGGUAAAUGUUGCAAGUCUUACCAGAACUGCGUCAGGGGCGGAUGCUGCGACAAGCCCGAGAUAGGAUGCGGCGCCGACUCAUGCUACAAUCCCGACGUCGAAACAUGUUGCGAGGCUCGCGGAACUCGAUGCGAUCUGGGGUACGAGUGCGUCCCCUCCGGCGGGUGCUGCAAGAAGGGCAGGAAAAGCUGCGGCUCGGACUCGUGCUAUGACCCGGAAGAGGAUGAGUGCUGCGGCAAUGGAAAGACGUGCCCCUUGGGAGACACCUGCGUCGACGGGGGAUGUUGCGACGGGUAUAAACGAAAGUGUGGUUCGUAUAAAUGCUACGACCCGAUCUUGUCGGUCUGCUGCACAGACGGCGACUUCUCGUGGUCGUGUCCCAAGGGGAAUUCAUGCUGUCGGUCAUCGCGCAGCUGCUAUAGGCCAUCUACCGAGAAAUGCUGCUCGUCGGGCGCCUGUCGCAAGGGGGAAACCUGUUGCGAGCAUGGAUGCUGUGACUCGAGCGAGCGAUGCGGCGCUGAUGGAUACUGCACUGUCACGUCGACGUCGACAUCGACUACAACCUCCCUCUCUGACGCGACUGCUACAAUAACCGUUACGAGUGGUUCGGAUUCCGACGACGACGAAGAAACCUCCGGCGGUGGAGUUGCCGGCGCUGAUGGAACCCCCGGCGAUGGUCAAGGGAAUGUGUCUGGUGCAUCGGGGAUUAGGGCUGAUGAGUUCUUGAAAUUGGCGUCGAUGGCCGUAUGCGCCUCUCUUAUUCUAAUAGUCGCUGCAUAG